AAAGUGGAUAGGGAAUUUUCAAUAGUGUAGAUAGGCACCAGUAAACAAUCGAAGUUUUCCCCAAGAAACGAGAAAAACAUACAAUGUAAGUUAGUCGAUACGAUCGACCACAAUAUACAUACAUACAUUGUAUAUUAAAAUGGAACCUACGGCUGCUACCUGGUUCCUGAAGGCAAGUUGGGCGAGUGAUCUGAUAUCUGUCUAGUACUCGUGUCCAAUAUGGCGUGUAUAUUGUGAAUUGCAUUAACGUGCAGGUCUACUCCUGCUUAGUGCAAUCCUGUCUGUGAAUAAAGGGAUUAAGAUAAAUAUACGAAACCUGUAGUCAAACAAUGUACAAUGAACUACAAUGGAAACAUGCCAGAUUGGCAUCAGUUUAAUGCCUCGCAAACAAAUGAAGUUACAGCUCCUACACAAAAUGUGAAUUCUGGUCAUUUGGCAUUCAUUCCUGGUGUUAGUCCACCGACAUUGAAUGCGCUUAGUCUUAGUUCUGAGGGUCUUAGCAAACAUCAAAAUGAUACUAACUAUAAUCCAAGAAAUUAUCAAUCGUACAAUAAUGUCUCAAGUGGAGCAAAUAUUUCUAACAACAGUCCUCUUGCAUCUAUGGCACAAAUGCAAAAUUGCAUUAGCCAUUACACCACCCCGAAUACAAGAAAUCCUAUGCUGGACAACUUAAAUUCUUCUGUGGAUCCUAGGAAUACUGCAAUUGCAAAUAUAAAUGAUGAUCUUGGAUACAGAAGUAAUCAGGUGCCUUUCACUGGGCCUAUGGGUCUCCUAAAUGGGCCAAGUUGUAACUUAAAUACUUCUGGGCCUAUAUCUGGACUUGGAUCUCGGACUAACUCGGGAACUAGUCCUGGCACUGGAAACGGACCUGCAGCUAGUCCUAUAUAUGGAUCUGGUCCAAGACAUGGAUCUGUAUCUGGAUAUGCGCCUGAAUCAGGUUCUGGACCUGCAACUAUGGGACCAAGAAAUAAUAAUAUAAAUUCGGUACAUGCUGGGAAACCUGGGCCUCCACCAUAUGUACCUUGCAAGGGCCUUUGCUGCAAUUCAGAUCCUAAUAUUAAUUAUCAACAAUUUGGAUCCUAUCAAAGUAAUGCAUCGUACAGGGACAAUGUACAUCCACCCAACUACCAAAUGGAGAACAGACAUUUUGGAAAUAAUUGUAACUUUAGGAAAGACAAUCUAGUAGGUAAGGAAGCAAUGGGUUCUGUAGUUCCCAAUGCACCUGUUGUAGAUCACAGAAGAAACUUCACCGAUUACAAGUAUCAUAAAGACCACUUAUUACAUAGAAAUUAUUCAACAUCUUCAGGAAUGUACCCAAAUUACCCUAUGCAAAAUUACAAUUACUCAACAGAGCAUCAAAAGUUUCCAUAUCCAAUGAAAGAACAUCCAAAGACAAAUAAUAUGAGUAUUCCGAAUUCAGCAAUGAUGAAGCAUUCGGAACAGAACUUUAUGCCUCAGCAAAAGUACAACAAUAAACAGUAUCAAUAUCAAAAUGGAAAUAUGUUACCUAAAGCAGUGCCUACUUUAAAUAUUGGUGAGAAUAUGGUAUCGUCUCCACAAAAUGCUUAUUACAAUUCACAGUUUGCAAGAAAUAUCCCAACAGAAGUAUCUCAUGAGUGUCAAGAAAGUGUUGAUAAUAAUGCAAUUGCUAAUAGACUAGCAGGUACUUUUGUACAGAAUUCACCUCCUCAACAACAAACGUACCAACAUAAAAUAGCAAUGCAAAAAUUUUCAAUGGAAAACCAUCUUAGAGAAUUAAGUAGAAUACCUGGAUAUCAAUCGCAUCCAAAGUACAAAGAGUGCAUUAUGAGAUAUAGGCAGCUAGUGAAGUUACAGCAGUCAGCUAAUUAUCAAAAUCCGGUUCAAGCUUCGCGGGUAACAACACCAGUUAACACCGCAGUUCCGCCAAUUAAUUUACAGUUUGAUCAAAAUGGUAUGUUGAUCAAUUCUAAUUAUUUGUCAGAUGGUAUUCCUAAAUUGCCACAUGCACCACCUGGAGAACAAUCAUCAGGGGCUAUGGAAAAACAGAUUAAAGAUCAGGCUAUUUCUGUAGCCAAUGAGAAACGUCAACAAACACAGCAACCGGAACACUUAAUGAUGCCUACACAAAAUGAAAAUGUUCCUUCCUCGUGUAUAGGGAGCUUUCAAAAACAAGAUCAAUUUUUAAUGCAGAAGGACUUCAAUCAAAAUCAAUUAAAAGUACAAACAAGCGACAGUCAUAGUUUCAAUACUUUAAACACUGACAAUAGCAACAAAACAAUGAUGCAGCAUAAAGCUUCUAAAGAAUUUGCUAAUAAACCAGAACUCGAUGUUCGGCAGUUUCUAGCUAACUGGGAUGAAACGGACGACGAAGAAAAUACAUCAAAUUUGCCAGCUGCAGAUUCAAGCAAAACAACUUCAGUUGUAGUUGUGAGCUAUGAGAAUGUGGAUCUUUCUUCAGAAAAACCACAAAAUUUAGACAUUUCUAGAAGAAACAGUUUUCCUUCGAGUGAUACUGCAGUGGAUAAUGACAAAGAGGCUGAAGAAAAUGUAGCAACACAAGAUUGUUUAACGAUCUCAUAUUCGUCUUCGGAAGCCACUACUGAUAUCAUCGACACUUCUACACGGACGGUAGAAGAAGGUGUGGUAAAGCCAGGGAGUAUAAUACAUUGUAUAAGUAAUGGUCCUGAUGAAAUACCUACCAUACACAUAGUAGAUAACUUAGAAAUAAGCAGCAUUUUGGGCACAUCCAAUGAUCAAGUAAUAGAGACCUUAGAGAAGCAAAGUACGAUAUCACUAUUCAGAGAAGCGGCUGAUAAUAAAAGGGAAGGGAUAAUUCUGAAGACCACUGAACAGCAUGACAAAGAUGAAACUCGUUUAUUAUCUACAAAGUAUGAUGAUGUAAUCAAGGACAGUAAUGUGGAGGAUGCUACUAUUUCUGAAACAAUUCAGACAGUCACUGUUUCAAUAAAUAAUCAAGAACUAAGAAUUUUGUCACCUUCAGUAAAGAGUAAUUUGGAUGUUGCUGACAAUCUAGAAUUGAAAAAACAGAGCAGUUUCGCCAGUGAAGAAUCACAUAAUCCUGACGACAUAAGCUUACCAGAUCUCCCAACUUCUGAGUGUACACCAAUUUCCACAACCUUGAAUACUCCUAUUCAUUCUGAUAGCGAAGAAUCUUCACAAAACAUGGAAGAUUUGUCUAUAUCUAUAUCCACAAAUCCAAUAGAAGUAAUGCAAAACAGUCCAGUGAUUAGUUUCACGCAAUCUCCAAUUAAUAUGGAUCCAUAUGGUCAGCUGAACAAUGAGGACAAAAUUAGUUACAAAAGUAACAUUAGCAGUACUCAUGAACAAGAUACAACUAUUAAUAACUUUGAUUUUUCAGCUGACAAUUCUAAAGUAAAAUCUGCAGAAUUAUCGAAAGAUAAACAAGUAAAGAAUCUUGGAAUAAGAAGGAAAAAGGUGUUCUUAACAGGAGACAAAGAACAUGAAAUAAGAGUUUUGGAUACGUGCGAAACAUUAACAUCAACUGCAUAUGAAUUGGAGGUUCGACAGGAGGCAAUAGAUAGUGAAAAGAAUAUAGAGUAUGAAUCUUCAAACUGCAUACUCGAAGGAAAACCAAAAAAGAAAAAAAAAUUAAUGGAUUCUGUGAAAUCUGCAAUUCAAACUAGUAACUCAGUAAUGGAUACAAAUAAGGCUGCGCAUGCUGUGAUUUCAACUGAUUCCAAUAUAAAUUUCGUAAAUCCGACAGGGUUUGACAAUGAAGCUCAAUCAUCCAAACAUGAAGAAGAUCUGUCUAAUCAGCAAAAGAUAAAAGAUUUAAAUGUGUCUGUGACCACUAACAAUCCACUGCUUUCAGAAGGUGAUUUAGAUUCAAGAAAGAUGAUAAAGGAAAGUGUAAAUUGUGUGGAUAAAUGUAUAGAUAGAAAUACGAAUUGCGAGAACUUAAUGAAAGCACAGAAGAAGGAAGUGGAACGUUUAAUACAAUCAAAACAUUCAAAUAUGAAGCAAACUGUUAGAGAUGGUUUGAUCUUGUCUCAAGAUGAUGAACAAUCUGUGUGCCAUAUGACUUCUCAAUACAAAAAUUAUUCUAUUGCUGUGAUAAAAGAUACCGUUAUUUUAAGCGAUAAGAAAUCACACGGCAUUACAGGAAAAAGUAUGAACGUAUGUUGCGACAACCCACACGAACUUCAAUUAAAAACAGACAGUACCAAAGAGCUUUCAGUAGAGACGAAAAUGAAGAAAUAUUCUCAAAAUUAUAAGAAGUCUGAAGUAGUACAGAAAGAUCUCGAUAUCACAGAUGGAGACAUUAAAUGUACUACGGGAGAAGCACAUUCAUUAAAUGAAUAUAAUAGAAACAAAGAUAAACUACAUCAAGACAAGAAUGUGGAAGAAAGAUUGCAGAAAGAGGAUGAUAAUGAAGAUAGAGGAAUAUCUUUAGAGCAAAAUUCAGAUGAUUUGACUGUACCAGAGGACAGUUCAAGGCUUAAAUUUAGAAAAAGUUUUGUGAAGAAUGCUAAUCCUGAGUUUGGAAUUCAAGUUACAAAUGUAAAUUUAAAAUUUAAAGACAAUGACCUCGGAAAAGAAUUGAUAUUAGGAGAAAAGGGACAAGAACACAUAAAAGAUACUUUGGAAAGCAUAAAAAUUGAAAUAAAUGUUUCCUGCGCAGAAAGAAAUUUACAAGGAAACGAGCAGAAUAAACGGCUUCUAUAUGAAAUUGAUGAUUCGUCUCGUAGCAAUAUGUUGGAAAGUCAUUGUCGAAUACUAUCCACCGAGCAAGAAAUAGUAUAUGGUAAUUUUGAUAAAGUUAAUAAAAUAAUUGAAAAGUCUCCUGCGAUUGGAGAUACUACAUUAAGUGAAAAGAAUAAAAUUACAAAUGAUGCAGCAACAUCAGUUAUGGAUACAAAUGCAAAUACCACUCAGAAAAACAGUAGAAGAAAUUCAUUAGAGGUAAGAGAUGAUACUUUUUCAUUUAUUACUUCUAAAGAAACUUUGACUUCAGAGAAUCAAACUGUUACUAAAUUAUUACAGGAUAAUUUAACAUGUAAGGAUACACUGAAUGCAAAUGUAAAGGAGAAUAUUAAUUGUUCUUUUAAUGUUGAUACAACCAAGACAAAAAGUGCAAUAUCUGACACUGCCAUAGUUGAUGCAAAUAAUAAGAUGUUAACUAAGACAAAUGAUAAGUUUGAAGAAGAUGAUAGUACAAUGAAUACAGAAGGUGAUCAUACAGUUAAAACACAAAAUCAAUGUUCUAGUUUUGCAGAAAAUUCUUCUCAAACUAUAACAGAGGCAUUUAAAAAGAGUGAUGAAACAAAGUUAGAUGACCUAUCUCAUAUGUUAAAAGAUUCAAAGAAACUAUCGAAUAUAAAUUUUAUGGAAUUAAAUUCAAAAUCAUUGAGCUCUUUGAAUGCUCUAGAUUUCGAUUUGAACAAGCUGGAGUAUAAAAAAAAUGUAGGAGUAAAAACUGGCGAGUUAGAUGAUAAUUAUAUGAGAAUGUGGAAGAAGCCAAAGAUAGAUCACAUUUUUGAAGACUGUGACAUGUUCCAAAGUACCAGUGGGUACAUAAAUCCUAUUUUUUCAAACAUAGAUAAAAUGGAGGAUUUGCAUACAGUUCCUGUAUACACUACCAAAGAUGGAAAAAUAUCUUAUAGCCCUAACGGAAGGUUUACACAUCAUGAAUUGAUGAUGGAAGCUCGUAGACAUGAGACAGGUUGUUCUACUCGAAAAUCUCAUUAUAUCGAUACCUGGAACAACUACUACAAUUCGAAGUUUCGUAAGUUCUAUAAAAAGAAACGACAUCAUGGUUUCAGCGAUCAAAACAAAUACGAGUAUAAGGAUACCAAAUAUCUCUAUCAAAGGAAGAGAGAUUAUAUGGAUGAUUUCUGUGGUAAACAUCAUGUUAAGUACAAGGAUUACAUGCACAGCAUUAAAAAUAAUAAUGCUGUUUGGUCCGAUCGUUUCAGAAUAGAAAGAGUAUGUAGCAGUAGUGAUUCGGAUGAAGAAGUUGUAGGUCACAAUGAGAAUAUCAUUGAUGUAAAUGAGUUCAAAAAGAGUAACAUUACAGAAAAUAAAACAGUUGCAGGUGUUUCCAAAUCACAUAAACAUGAAGUGUUGACAGAGUCUGAAAACAAACACAAAGAAAGUGUAACAUUUGAUGCAUGUUCAUGCAAGAUUGAUGGCGCACCUUCCAAAGAAACACAGUUGCUUCAACAUAAUUUUCUUGAUAGCAACAAAUGCAUUGAAACUAUGAAUGAUAAAGACAACAUAAAUUGUAUUUCAAGAAAUUCUCAGCGAGAUGAAGAUAACAAACUAGAUGGAGAGUGUAUAAACACAGAAAUUGACAAAGCUGAUAACACAAAUAUAAAUAACGUUGUUAGAGCAGAAACAAAUAUAAAAAAUGAUGAAGUAUGCUUACUAAAUAAAGAUGAUCAAUUACAAAAUUCUUUCAUUUUUAAAGAGAAAGAAAAUGACAAAGUAUAUACUUUAGAAAGUACCGUUGAUGUUAAAGAACAACAACUGGAAAACGUUAUGAAUGAAAAGAAUGGUCAAAAUCCUGUUUUAAAAUGUCAAGAUAAUUUUGAGGAUCAUACUGAAACAAGUACGAUCUUAGGAACUAAACAAGAUGAAAAUUCGACGUGUGAAACUGGUAAAACUGAAUAUCAUGCAUCAACUGAAAUGCCAGAAAAUAUUUUAGUUUCUGAAAUAUCUAAGGAGACAUCAACUGAAGCGAUAGUUGUAUUGCCUAAGAGCGGAAGCAAAGAAAUAAAUGAUGAAGUGCUUGUAAAAAGUAAAGCAGAUUUUGAUAAAAAUAUUGAAUUGGUAGAAACCUUGAAUACAAAUGAAGAGCAUGUAGAAAAUACAAGUGAGAAUGCAGAAGAAAGUAUUACAUCUUUGGAAGAUGAGAGAGAUGACUCACAAAACGAUAUUUCAGGAGUAAGUAAUGUUAUUUGUACGAAACAAGAGGAAUACGAAUCUCACAUGACACAAACGGUUACAACAAAUAAUCCACAAAGUUUAAAAUAUUCUGUUGAAGUAGUUAAAAAUAAUGAGACUGUGAAUACUGAUCUUACAGAAGUAGAUAAUCUGACAGCAAAACAAUGUAUUGAAUUAACAGACUUUUCAGAAACUGCUAUUCAUGUUGAUGAAGAUUAUACCAUUAACAAAUCGGUAACAUCACCGGAAAAUGCCAUAGAUGUUACACUGCCAAACGUAAAAGAUAUGGUAACAGAAAAUGCAAUAGUAUCUUUUAAUAAUUCAGAAGACCAUUCAGAUGCUAUUGAUCCUAAUCUUAUUCGAAAAUCUUCUGUAGAAGAGGAAAUUCUUCAUUUGAAAAUGUAUAGUGCAACAAUGAACUCUCCACCUAAAACGUGUGUGGAAAAGAAAUCACACACUGAGGAGAAUGAACAAAAAGAAGAAGAACGUCAGUUAACUGCUUUUAAUUCCAGUAGUAACUUGGAAACUGAUUUAUUUCAGAAUAGCACAGAUAUAAAAAUUAUACCCAAACUAGUCAUAAAGAAAACUGAUGCUUUAAUUUCAAAAACAGAAUACUUAUUGGAUUCUACACAACCCGAAAAUCCGUCUGAUAAAUAUAAUACAAAGCUGUUGCCUGAUUUGCGGCCAAAAAUACCAAAAAUGAUAAUCAUGAAAAGCAAAUCACGUUCGACAACACCUAUUGCUGAAAUCUUAGAAAAAAAUAAAUUUGAAAUAUCUCAGAGUUUUUUGUCAGAGCAUAAUGAUACUAGCAUGGAUGUGGAUAAUAGCGAUUCUGAAUCAUAUACAUUAAAAUAUAAGAAUUAUGAAAGCAAAGUUCCAAAAGUGAAAAUAAAAUUGGACAAUAUUUCUUCCAAGGAUUUGAAGAUAUACAUGAAACGUAAAGCUACUAAAAAGAACGUUCCAGAAAUUAAUGUAAAAAGAAUUAAGAUUCAAGAGAAUAAAUAUUCCACAACAAAGUGCGAAACAGAAGGAAGUUCGGAGAUAGAAGCUAGUGACGACGAACAAAUUCUAGAGGAGUUCGUAACAAGUGAAGCUGAAAAAAUACCAAAAUUGAAGUUAAAAAAGCAAGACGAAGAUAAGAUUUUAUCGUUAGAAAAAACCAAGGAAAAUGAUACAAAUGUUUCAAGAACAGUUGUCAAGAAAACUAAGAAAAUCAAAGAAGAAGACGUUAAACAGUUUAAUGAUGAUGAAAUUAGAAAAAAAUAUCCACAAUAUAUUACUGAAAAAAUUCCUAAAGUUAUAAUAAAAAGAACACAAAUUGGCACAGAAUUUAAAUGUGAAAUUAGUAAAAGUAAAAAAUGUUCAAAUGUUGAUGCACCAAAGUGGCAACCAAAAGUUAAGUUAGAAAGACUGAAAAUUCUAGAUCACAUUGCGAAAGAUAUAAAGCAACCAGAACCCUUGUUAAAUGAUAAAUUACAUGUUAGAGAUGAUAUUAAUGAAAAAGGUUCAGAUCAUAAUAGUAAAGUUAAACUAUGUAGAUCUAAUUCAGCAUCCAAUUUAUCUCCUAUUAAAUGCAAGCAGAGAAGAUUUUCUAAUCCUGACUACACGAAAAUGGAUAUAAAAUCAACUGAUUUUACUGAUAUUGAUUUAAAACAUAAUAAAAUUAAACCACCGAAUGCUAGUGAAGCAUCCAAUUUCAAAGUAAUCGAUAGCGAAAAUAAGAAUUUAAAAAGAAAAGGUAAGAAAAGGUCAUUGUCUCCGACUAAAAGUGCGAAUCACAGUUACAACGACGAAAGUGAUAGUGAUAUAGAUAGAGAGGAAUCUUCUGAAAAUCAUUUGACGAAAGAUGGCAAUGAUUCAUUGGUUGAGAAAAGAGAAUACUCAUCCUUUGGAACCAACGCAAAUAUAUCUACAAUAGAAGAUAAAUACUUACCUUCUGGUAUUUUGCGUUCUCGUAACUUUGAUGAUAAUGAUAAUUCUAUUAUUAAAGUUGAUUCUUCAGAUGAAAGCCAAACUACUAUAGAGCUUUUACCAGCAUCUCCUGAUAGCAGUGACAAUGAAUCAAAGAAUCGUGAAUUCGAGAGUAUACCUAGACUGCACUUAGAUGAUGCUAUACCAACUCAAUUGGAACUAGAAUUAGAUCUCAUUGAUCUCAGGAAUGCACAACAUUUAGACGUGCUUGCACCGAAAAUUAAUAUGUUGAACUACGUGAAUAUUGAUAAAUAUGAACAUGCGUCACAUUCUAAAAACAAAUGUGUAAACACAGGAUUAGCAAAAACAUUUUUAAAUGAUUUUCAAUGCUCUUCGCAAAGUGCCUUUAGUAAAAACAAAGUGCAAAGUCCAGAAAAAGAAUCAAAUGAUUAUUUUUAUUGCAAUGACCUAUUAGUUAAGGAAGUCUUAGCUGCUAAGGAAACACUGAAGAAAUGUUUAACUCAAUCUGUAAAUGAGGACAAGGAAAAAUGUGUACUAAGACCCAAAACGGUAGCAGAAAAGAAACAGGGUUUAGGUUUUAAUUUAAAGAAUCUAAACAAAUCAUAUUACCAAUCUGAGGAUACAAAAUGUACAGGCACAGUAACAAAGGAAUAUAAAUCUAUUCAGCAAAUGGAUAUUGAAAAGGCUGAAGAAAACCAUUCCAAACAAGAUGAAGAUUCUUCUAUGGGACAACAAAUAGCAUUAAAAGAGUCUCAAGAAGAAACAUCUUACGAUUGUCCUACAGCUUCUACAUGUAGAUAUACUAGUGUACCUGAGUCAACCACGAUUUCUUUAAAAGCAACCAAGAAAUUAGGUCAAAUUACAAUAAACAAAGGAUCUUUGAAUAUAGAAACUGAUACAUUUAAUCUUUCCAACAAUCUAGAUACCGUACAGGGUACACCUAAGCUUACUGAAGAGAAGACAGAAAACAAAACGAUAAAUAAUAUUCAAAAUAAAAAAAAUGAUAGUUCGAGUGAAACAAAGACAAAAGAGGAAAAUAUGCCAUUAUUAGUGCCAGAAUUUGUAUUAAAUUAUGAUUCUAAUUCGGAUAGAGACAGUUCCAGAUCACCACCUGUUAUUACAAAUCAGGAGGAAAGUGACAAUGUAAUAGAAAAUACGAAGGACGUAAAAAAUAAAGUGAUAACUCCAAUCGACAAAGUAGAGGAGAACAGUAAACAUUCCUAUAAAGACUGUGAAAUGACUAUAGCUGAUAUUAUAACACAACUAGCUUAUCAUGAAAAGGCCACAAUAAAGCAUAGAAGAUACUGCAAUUUGUGUGAAAGAUGGUUCCCUACGACCUCGCGACACCGACGACAUUUGGCUGGAUAUCAACAUCGCUACAUGGAAUUAACACAACGUAAAAGUAUUCACACUUUAUUUAUUCUGUUCACUGGUAAACCUUGUCCAAGACUUUUGCCAGCCAACGUCAUCCGCAAUGAUUGUUCCAUUGGAGAACUGACGCCAUUACAAAUUGCUGUACAGGAUGUGGCAAACUAUGUGGAACCCACAGAAGACGUUAAAACGAUAGAAUGAUAACAGUGAGUCACUGCAAACUACUAUGACUGCGUACAUAUGUUCUCCGUGAUCACCUAUAGUAGAACAAAUGAUGUGAGUACCUCUAACAAAAAGUACUAUAAAUCACAGAAAAACAAUUCUGUAAUACAUUUAAUCUCAAUCGAAUUGUACAUGUUCAUUAUGUAAGUACUAUUACGAAGGAUUAACAUCUACGAACUUUGCAGUAAUGCGUUGUUAAAUGAUGUUAAUUGUUAAAAGUUACUUGAAAAAAAAUUAUUUUGAGUAGUUAGGUAUUUAGCCAAAGAUUUUAGC